CUUCAGCUUUAGUGCUAAUAAAGGGUGUUGCUAAGACAAAACUCUUAUUAUAACUCAAAACAUUAUUUACUGAUGAAAUCACUGGGGAACUUGUGAUGAGCCAGCACCAUAUGGCCUCAGCCUGGUCUGUAGAGGAGACCUUAUUUGUCUGCUCAGUAUGCCUGGACACCCUGAAGGACCCGGCCACUCUACCCUGUGGGCAUUCAUACUGCCUGGCUUGUAUCCAGAGCCACUGGGACACGAGAAACCACAAGGGUCAGUACAGCUGCCCCCAGUGCAGGCAGGUCUUCAACCCUCGACCCUCACUGGCUAAGAGCACAGUGCUGGUGGAGGCUAUGGAGAAACUGAGAACCAACAGCCUCAAGCAAAGCUUGCCAUCAAUGCCUAGCUACCUGGACGUCCUACCAGAUAUAGGGCCGCGACAGGGCAGCAUGUACCCUGAGCUUCCCACAGUGGAGCCCAGGCCCUGCCCUCAACACCACCGACCCAUGGACCUGUUUUGUCAUGAAGACAAGGAGUGCGUGUGUGAGGUGUGUUGCCAGCAUGAACACAAGGGACAUCGUGUGUUCAAAACACAGGAAGAGAGGAAGGAGAGACAGAAAGAGCUUCUUAAGAUGCAGGUAGACAUGCAGAAGAGAAUCCAGGAGACUGAAAAGAGACUUGUGGAGCUCCCACAUGUUGCCCGCCAACACAAGGCCUUGGUGCAGGCUCUAGAGCGAGAGAGCACAGAUUUGUUCUCGGAGCUCGUCAAUAACGUGAAUCUAACAGGCAUCCAAGUUGGUGAGGUCCUCAGCACCCAUGAGACCUCCUUAGGCAGCCGGGUAGAAGGGCAGAUCUACAGACUGGAGCAUGAGGUGGCACCGCUGCGCUGGAAGAGUGAGGAGCUGAGCAGGCUGGCCAGCAUGCAGGACGACAUCUGCUUCUUGAAGAAUUUCCUCAUCAUGGAGACGCUUCAGACAGGUGCCACGGGAGAGUCAAUACUGAGUCAAGAGGAAGCGGUGGUAGCCUCUGUCCGCUCAGCCCUGAAAGAACUACAAGAGUCGAUACAGGACGUCUGCAAAGCCACUCUGGCCAAGAUCGUCACAUUAGUGAAUCCUGAUCCUGUGGUUUCAACACCCAAUGGUGCAGCAGUAGCAGACACUACAGCAGCUAAUAACAGUGGUCAGGCCACCACGCAAGACACAGAAGAUGAGGAUUCAUCCAAACAUCCUCACUGUCUUCAAGCUUCAGCCCCCCCUUCACCCUUCCCUCCUCCUCAACCUCAAGCAGCUCCUGUGACAACAAUGGGACUUGCUAAUUCAGAACCAAAGACAAGAGAAGAAUUACUGAAAUUUCGCUUUGAACCCACCAUGGAUGCCAACACAGUGUAUCGCCAUGUGCAGCUGUCAGAUGGAGGUCAUAAGGCCACGAUGCGGGCUGAGAACCUAAACCUGCCAGACCAUCCUGAGCGCUUCCACUUCUGGAGACAGGUUCUCUGCAAAGAGCCCCUGGCAGGGAGCCCCUACUACUGGGAGGUGGAGUGGACUGGCAAGAAGGUGGAUCCUUAAACAUCAGUGGGGAAAUGGGUGGUUUCAGCUAUGUGUAUUCUUCAUACAAUAUGUAUAUAUGAAGAUCAUUGCUAAAUUUGCACAAGUUUUAUACAAUCUUAAAGCACUAAACUGGACCGCAACUGAGACGUGUGGAUUAAGGGUCUGUUGAUUUUAGAGUCCUUUUUGCCCAAAUUACAAUAUGGUAAACACUUCUCCAGCCCAAACCUGAGAACCAAAGUGUCACACCAAUCAGCAGUCUUUCCAAAGCUGAAAGCUGGACUCAAUAUUAUGUC